AUGGCCCCUCAUCAAUUACAUAAGGGUUCAAGGCUGGUGGUGCAAAUGUUGAUGGCCUUAAUCAUCACAUUCAUUUCAGCGCAAGCCUUUUCAUCAGGAUUUUACGCUGUGGUGGCGUCCUCUCAGAGAGGUUGUGUUUUGAACAGAGAGGGCGAUUGUAGUGCAGUGUCGGAUCGAUCAUCAUUGGUGUUGUCGUAUGAUCCUAAGAAUAUGCCUCAUGAGGUUUCUUCAAAGGAAGAAUUGAAUGCAAGGGGAUGUGGUUCCAUUCAAGGAUAUUAUGCCAAUCCACUAUGUAAGGAGAAAUGGUAUCGAAAGCUGAAGUAUCGAAAGGUGGUGUUGUCGCAAGGUGAGGCCCCAUCUUCAAGCUCUAGUUCUGAUUCGACGGCACCUCCCCUCAAGGCAAGCACAACAAACGAGGCUUCAGGACCCUCAGUUGUUGAGACAAGCGUCAUCUCGACCAACUCGCUCAACAGAAAAUACUCUUCUGAUAGCGACAAGUCUGCUACCUCUCGUCCACUCGUGACAUCUUUGAAUUCUGUUUCGAACACUAAGGAGAGCCAAAAAGUGGAAACAACAAUCAAACCUUCAAGAAUCGAAAAGUCUGGCACAAAAUCUUCAUCAGCAAAAAGACCUUCCGUAGCUUCUUUGAACUCUGUAGGCUCAUCCAAUGUGUCGCAGCCCUCAACAAAGAAAGCAGCAAGUUCUUCCAGUGGAUCUGAUAGAGCAACAACUAAACAUAGACCUACUGCUGCAAAACCUAAAUCAAAAGGGCAGCCACUUUCAACGAACGAGUCAAGAAAUGACAAGAAAUCGAAAGUUUCAAACCAGGCAAAUAAGACUGUUACGACAUCUCGCACUGCACAAUCAACAACUUCAUCUGCAGUUUCAUCACAAGCAUCAUCCUCUCGUCGAUUGGUACAAUCAGCAACCUCAGCUUCUGUUGCAAAUGGUAACUCUACAGCAUCGGUGAUUCAAAAGAAAGCCAAACAUAGCACGACACCUUCAAUGACAACAACAACACCAGCUAAAACAACUGCAUCAAAGAAAUCCAUCAAGGCUCCAGUCAAAACAACAAGUUCUCAAAGGAGCAAAAAGGUUCAACCAAAGAGCUUGACCGCUGUUGCCUCACCAACAGGAUCUAAGUCAUCAGAAACGGUGAAGAGCGCUCAAUCAGCAUCAACAUCUCUGGUGAGAGCUUUGUCAAAGAAAUCCUCUCAAACCAAACAGGACAAGGUUGCUAAGCGAUCAUCAGCCCAAAGUGCAUCCGUGAAUAAGGCAUCACCAAAGAAGUCCAAGCCUCAACCAAGCAAAAAAGCGGCCAAUAACUCCUCAAGUAUUACGAAGAAGAGUCAUACUACUACCACCACUAAAGAUAACAAGAAAUCACCAACAAUGAAACCUAAAGCAUCGUCAAAACCUAACGCUUCUUCUCCAGUGGCCGUCUCAACUAAGACAUCCGCUAGCUCACAAGCAAGCCAGGCAGGUUCCUCAAAUGCUCACUCGACACCUGUCAACGCACCAGUUGAUGCUACUCAGACGCCCAUCGUCUCUAACGCUGUCUCAUCACAAUCCAUGAUGACCAACAUGAUAUCAGGUAACGACUUCAAACCAAUAUCUGUCAACUCGGUCAGCACUGUAGCAGCUGACUCAAGCAUCAACACAGAGUCCACUCAAACAAGUGGAAACAACGUUGUCAAUACACCUGUGUCAACAACACCAACAGCAUCUCCAAGCUCUGAAGCUGUUUCCUCUCAGACACCAACAGCAUCUCCAAGCGUACCUGUUUCAACUAAUGCACCAAACACAGCUGGAACGACCAACACUGCUGAACCAUUGAAAUCGAACUCAAAUGAACCAAAGACUCAAAUUGAAAAGCCACGAAACGUCCCAGUCGUGGGAAGAUUUUACGGAGUUAAAUCUUCAGGAAGAAAUAACAGACGUCCAAGCAGCUCUGUUGGAACACUUGAUUUGAAGGAUCUUUUGUCUCAAAUUAAACGAGUAGACAAGAAGAAGAAACACAAACCACAUCGUCGUGUCAAGAAACAUUCUUCCAAAUGCACCAAGCCAGCUCCGGUGUCGCAAAAUCCACCCCAAUCGACUCAAAUGAUCAACAACAUUCAAAAUAUUCAACCUUCGCCAAUGUUCAUGUAUCCCUUACCUCAAUACCCAGAUCCAUCUCGAUACAAUGAUCAUGAAAGAUCAUCGAUUCGAUCCUUCUUGAGAGAGAGAUUUUUGGAAUACUUACAAAACCGAAAUCAGAAUACCUUAAAGAGCUCGGAGAAUCAAGUUAAUGUGGUGGACCAAAUCAAGGCACUUAUUGCAACAAUCCCUCAACAGCAUGCAGAAACAGGCUUGUCAGCACAAACCAUCAGCAGCUCUGCUCAAGUUGACCGCAAAGCAUUGGCUCAAGCCGUCAAACGAAUGGGCACUGCAACCAAAAAUCUGAAGAAGGCUCAAACAAAUGAAGAUCGUGUUUUGAAGGCAGUAGAAAAGGCCAAGAAAGCUCUCAAUCAUGCAAAGAAAAAUUCGGCAGACAAGCAGCGAUUCCUUGAAAAGACCACCACCAAGCAAACUGAUCUUGUGGACAAGAUGAAGGUAGAAAAGGAUAUUAUUCUUAAACUGAACGAUUACUUGAAGAAGCAACAGAAAUAA